AGACUCAAAAAAGUAAACAAAACUCGUAAUUUCGACAAAUUUUCUUUAAAAAUCACUGAAAUUACCGAAAAUUAAGAUGCUUCGUCGUCAAGGACGUCUUCGUCGGGAGUAUUUGUACCGCAAACAAGUCGAAAGUAGACACAAGGCACAACAGGAACGCAAGGAAAAGCUCAAAAAAAGUCUCGAGGAACACACACCGCUUCAUGGAGACUUGAAAGCAGAUGCCCUAAAGCUCCGAGACAAGCUAAAAUGGACUGACGAAGGUCCCGAAAAGGCAGCAACGAUCGGAGGCUUCUCAGGCGGUGCAGUUACCGCCAAUUCGCAAGACGACGAAUAUCGUUAUGCCGGAUGCGAAGACCCGAAAAUCAUGAUAACGACUUCUCGUGAACCCUCGGCACGUCUCAAGAUGUUCGUAAAGGAGCUGCGCCUAAUUUUUCCGAAUGCCCAACGAAUGAAUCGCGGUAACUACGAAUUAAAGCAAUUAAUUCACGCGUGUCGCGCUAACGAAGUCACGGAUUUUAUCAUUGUGCACGAGCAUCGAGGCGUUCCGGAUAAUUUGGUGAUUUGUCAUUUGCCGUACGGACCAACGGCGUACUUUAAUUUGUCCGGAGUCAUCAUGCGACACGAUAUUCCGGAUGUGGGUCCGAUGAGUGAGCAGAAACCGCACUUGAUUUUCCAUAAUUUCAAGACGCCCUUGGGCGAAAGAACGAUGUCGAUACUGAAAUAUUUGUUCCCAGUGCCGAAGGAGGAUUCAAAGCGAGUUAUGACAUUCGCGAAUCACGAUGAUUACAUUUGUUUUAGGCAUCACACGUUUAAAAAGGUCGAAAAUGACAUCGAAAUGAAUGAAGUUGGGCCACGGUUUACGCUGAAAUUGUACGAAAUUAAACUUGGGACGUUGGAUCAGAUUGAGGCAGCUGACACGGAAUGGGUUUAUCGACCUUACAUGACAACGAGCAAGAAACGACGGUUUUUGUCGGAUGACGAUGGAUGGGCGCAAGAAGAUGAUGUGAUGUAAAACGAUUUUUUUUACAAUAAAUACAAAAAAAUAUUAAAACGUUAAAAAUGGAUUU